ACACACAAGGGGAAGCAGAGGGAUUAUAAAGGCACACAGAUCUAUACACCGGCCAGGGAUGAAGGGCAGAAAAGUAGCAGUGGGAGGGAGAAGUGGUCGAGGGACUGUUGUUGGAGAUGAAUCCCCAGCAGAGCCUGACAACCUCGGCCCCCUUCAUCCUCUCUCAGCCUUGUUUCGUCUCUACGUUUACGCUCUGCACGGCUGCCUCUGCGAGGUGGCCUUCACCGCCGUGUACGACUGGUGCAGCGCCCGAGACCAGAGGCUGCCAGGACACAGCAGCAUCUGGGCGCUGCCCAUGUACGGCUCCGCCAUCUUCUGCAUGGAGGCCCUGAGGGCCCGGCUGCUGGCCCAGAGCCGCUCCCUCCCUGUGAGGCUGGCAGUUUACACUUUAUUCAUUUACAUGUGGGAGUUCAGCUGGGGCGUGGGGCUGAGCCUGAUGGGGGCCUGUCCGUGGGAUUACUCAGCCCAUCGCUACAAUCUUCGAGGACUGGUGACUCUGGAUUAUGCCCCUGCCUGGGCUGUUGCUGGACUUAUAGCAGAGCAGCAUGUAAUUAAGAAUACGCUAAAGAUAAGAUUGAAAAACGGCUGAUUUCAUGGUUACCUUAGGUUAUGUCCUUACAAAAUCACCCAAGUGACAUUUAAUGUCAUUUUUAGCUGGAACACAAUGUUGGUGUAUUUUUAACACUGUCAUAAUUAAAAAUUUUAAUAUAUAUUUUUUUUUAUCUCCAAUCAAGUGCUAGGUAAGAAUAACAUUGAAAAAAUGACAAAUUUCAUGAUUAUCUUAAACAAUGUCCUUCCAAAUUUACCCACAUAACAUUUCAUGUAAUUUUUUUGCAGAAACAAUACAAUGCUAUUGUAUUUUUAAUGUUUAAUAAUUAAAAAGGUUCCGAAUUUUAAUCUCCAAUUAACAAUACGCUAAAAAUAACAUUGAAAAAUGACUUAUUUCAUGAUAAUCUUAAACUAUGUCCUUCCAAAAUCACCCAACUUUUAGUAAACUUCAAGCAAUCUCAGUUCCUGGUUGUGAACUUAAGUAUAAUAGAGUUAAUUAUGUAUUUAGCCUAAAAUUACAUGUAUUCUACCAUGUUGUCUUCCAUGUUGCUGUUUUAUUUUGUUUUUAUUUAAUUUCUAAACUAAAGUAAACCUACACAACAUUUGUUGUCUUUUUUCUUUUUUUUGAAGAAACAACAUAAUUAAAAAUUUCUGUAUUUUUCCUGCUUCUAUCUGCCUUAUCUGGUCCUACUGGAGUAAAAAAAUGUUUGGAUUUUGUCCUGGGUGGGAAUGUGUCUCAGCACGCCGCUUUGAGGAAAAUGGUUGCAUUUGCAUGCUUAUUAAUUUUCAAUAUUUUCUUUAAAAAAUCAGGAUAGUUUGCACAAUUUUUGGAAAAUGAGAACCUGGCAACUAUCUCACACCAGGGUUUUGUUCCUGGUGUACUUCAAAACUUUUGUUUUUGGAUCUUUCCCAUUCAUUUUUCUGUCACGCAAGUUUCUCCCUGAGGUUUGAUGAUGAAGAUAGUUUUCAACACACUUCCAGUAGGUACCAAGAAAACAAGAACAGGUGGGAAAAAUUAUCUGAUGUCAUUUUAUUCCUGUUAGCUUAAAAACUGACGGCAGUUUCAGAAUCGAGUUCUUUCAUUAUCCUUAACUUCACUAAAUAAUAAAACUAAAAUAAAUUGGCAUUAUUUAUUACCAUUAUUCAAAGCGCAUUGAAGAAGUUAUUGUUUUUCUUAGUAAACAUAUUUCUAUAAGGAUGUUUGUACAAAAUUCACCCCAGAAGUCAUUAACAACCCAAGUCCAUGCAUUCAUUUAAGAAUAAUUAAGUAAAAUAAUACAUAGAAAAUGUGUUGGAGUACAUAGAAAGUCAAGAAAAAAGCUCAAAAAUCACUUUUUAUCAGGUCUGACUAAUAUUAAUUUAAUAAUUUACUCUGCAGUGAUAGUCUAUGAAAGAUUUUCUCAUUGCUCAACAAACAUGAUGGGUCAAAGCAAGAAGCUCUCAAGAACUUCACAACCUCAUUAUUUCACAACGUAUUUCUCUGAAACUUAAUUUCAAAGAAAUAUCCACUCAACUGUAAUUGCAUAACUUACUGUGCAAAACUCCACUAUUAAAGAAAACCCAUGAUAAAUAUCUUUUAAAGUUUUCUACAGAGUAUUUAGGGAAGCCAAU